AUGAUGUCUUCUGGUUGGGGACCCAAAGAUGCCUCCGGCUCCGGCUGGGGCUCUGCUCAGCAGCCCAACGACAACUCCUUCGGCACCGCUGCCAUGUCUGCCGCCCUGCCUGACACCAACGGCCACGGCCACACUGAGGCUGCCAGUGGCUCCGCCAACAAUCCCAUAGAUGGUAAGUCCGCCCAGGCUGCCCCCGGCGGCGGCGGCCCUGCUGCUGAGGGUGCUGGCGCCGAUGGAUGGGUUCCAUCCAUGAAGUAUGAUUACGACCAAUUCGCCGAUGCUCGUGGCGGCGACUUCGAUGGAAACAAGCGAGUCUACCACUGGGAUGGCGAGGAGGGUGACCUCGGCCCAGAGUUCCCGGAGCUCGAGGAGGAGCUCUUCGGUCCCGCUGACAAGCGGGAGCUCCCCUCAGGCAUCGACUUCUCCAGCAUGGCCCAGGUCGACCUCGAGCAAGAGGGUCCUGUUCAGAUCCAUCCAAUCAUGCGCUUCAGCGAGGCUGGUCUGCAUCCGGCUAUGAUAAAGAACAUCGAGUUAUCUGGGUACCGAGCUCCCACCCCGAUCCAAAAGUACUGUCUUCCCGCCAUCACUCGUGGCCACGAUGUCAUCGGCAUCGCUCAGACUGGUUCUGGCAAGACUGCAGCCUAUCUCGUUCCCAUUUUGAACAAGCUCAUGGGAAAAGCGAAGAAGCUUGCUGCGCCGCGUCCGAACCCGGCUACAUUCCGACCUGGCAUCGACCAACCCGCUCGCGCCGAGCCUCUCGUUUGCGUCGUGGUGCCUACCCGCGAGCUUGCCAUCCAGAUCUUCAUGGAGGCGCGCAAGUUUUGCUACCGCAGCAUGCUGCGUCCCUGCGUCAUCUACGGUGGUGGUCCUAUUCGUGACCAGAUCGAUCAGCUAAGCAAGGGUUGCGACAUCCUCAUUGCCUCGCCCGGUCGUCUCCUGGACUUCAUGGAUCGCCCGCAGAACUUGACUCUUCGCCGCUUGAAGUUCAUGGUCAUUGACGAAGCUGAUGAGAUGCUUCACGAUGACUGGAAGGAAGAUUUCGACAAGAUUCUCGGUGGUGGAGAGCAGGAAGAGGGCAAUAUUCAGUACCUGCUUUUCUCGGCGACAUUCCCCAAGCGUGUCCGCGAGCUCGCCAUGACUCACCUGGCCACUGAGCACGUUCGUUUCCGUGUUGGUCGUGCGGGCCGAGCCAACGAGAACAUCGUGCAGACGAUUGUGCAGACUGAUCCUUCCAUGAAGCGUCAGGCCAUGUACGAUCUGCUGCACUCAAUGCCUCCAGCGCGCACAUUGAUUUUCGUCAACAACAAGCGCUCCGCGGACGAGCUGGAUGACUUUCUCUUCAACCGUGGUUUGCCUUGCACUUCCAUCCACGCCGACCGAACCCAGCUUGAGCGUGAGGAUGCGAUGCGUGCGUUCCGCAAGGGUACCAUGCCCAUCAUGAUUGCUACUGGUGUCUCCGCCCGUGGCAUUGAUGUUCGCAACGUUUGCCAUGUCAUCAACUUUGAUCUUCCCAGCCAGGACCAUGGUGGCAUCGAGGAGUACACCCACCGCAUUGGUCGUACUGGUCGCAUUGGCAACCGCGGCUUGGCAACAUCUUUUUACACGGAGCGCGACGAGCCGCUGGCCGCGGUUCUGGUUCGUACUCUCCUCGAGACCAAGCAGAAUGUCCCCGAGUUCCUGCAGCAAUACAUGCCCGAGGGCGAGGAGCUCAAGAAUCUCCAGUUCCCUUCGGAGCAAGAUGAUGAUAUGGGAGGCGCGGAUGCCGGAGCCUGGGGCGAGGGUGCCGGCGACGAUGCCGGCGACGCUUGGGGUGGUGGUGGUGGUGACACUUCUGGUGCUGCUGCCGGUACCGGCACUGGAAAUGCGUGGGGCGGCGGCUUUGAUGGCGGCGACGCCUGGGGUAGUGGUGAGAAGACUUCUGCUGCUGCUUCUGGUGGCUGGGAGACUGGUGGUGCCUCCACUGGUGGUGGUGGCUGGUAA